AUGGUUACGAAAGGAAAAUGGCCACUUGUAACAAUGGUGGUCAUAGUGUGCUGUGGUGUGUGUGGACUUUACGUACAAGCCGGGCCACUUCCGGAGGAACAAACAACCGAUAGUGGUGCGUCCACAGCCUCCGCAGAGGAGGAAGAUAAAGGCUAUCCACUCAACUCGCUGUACAGUCCGAUCGAGUAUGGCGCCACCGUUGACAGUGAUGAGACGGCUCUUAUGGCCACCAAUAGCUCACAAAACGGCACCAAGGAACUAUACGUGAUUAAAGCGGUUGUUUAUGAGAUUGGAAUACUUGCCGAUGUUCCGGAAAAUGAAACGCUCGAGGGUGAUGAACCAAUCACCCACCAGCAGGUCGAUCUAUCCUUUUUCAGCCACGGUGGUAACGAUACGCAUCUCAACCUAGGCGACAUUCCCGUCCCAAUACAAACCAGUGUCCAGGGACAGGUGUUUACGGGCAUUGCCCCGGUACACGUCGGUACCGUACCGACCAAUCUGAGUGAUCUACUAUCCGCGCUUCCGAUUGCCGGUACGGUGGUAAACAUUUCGCAAACGAACAGCUCGUACGUGGAGGUACACAAGCACAACAUUAGCGAUGCGGCCUUGCUGUUGGGCAGCCAGCAGCAGGACCUAACCAGUUUACCGUUCGGCACAUCGGUCAGUGAACCGCUCGUACCGGCCAGUGUGGAUGAGACGGUGAUUGGGCUGACGACUAAAACGAAACAACUGCCGGAACCGAGUGCGGAAGGGAAGGAGAAGAACCAUGAGUAG